GCGUUUUAAUUUGUCCGUUGACCCGAUCUGAGCCGGCGCACGUAGUAUUAUGUGUUCCUCCUACAUAGCCGGAUGGUGACAGCUUUGUAACAAACAAAUUCAGUGCUGCAAAAUUAAUUAACUCGUUUCUUUCAAGUAUAUAUUCAGUGAAACAGAAAAGUUAACAGUAACCAUAAAGUAAUAACCCUCGGAAAUUAGACAAUAUGUAUAGGGUUAAUAUUUUUUGUUUAUUAUCAAUAUUAUUGAGCCUGGUGACAACAUCACAUGGAGAGUUGUUCACUGCGAUAUCGGACGUAGAACCUUUAUUGGAAACUCAUAAGAAGAUCAUCGACGAUUUAGAAGAUUACAUAAAAAAAGAAGAGGACAGGUUGCAGGCGUUGAAAAGACACUUGGUUAUAUACAGACGGGAACAUGAGCAAGCUAUGGAGGAUAUACCCAACUACCUCGGGAAUCCUAUAAACGCGUUCACUUUGAUAAAGAGAUUGACCAUAGACUUGGACGACAUUGAGAAGAGUAUUGAAAUAGGCACUGAAUAUAUUAAAAACAUAACAAUUAUAAAUAAUCACGCGAAUGUCAAAUAUCCAACUUUGGAGGAUUUAACUGGAGCUGCGCAGGCGCUGACAAGAUUGCAACAGACAUACAAACUAGAUGUCAAGGACCUGUCAGAGGGGAGGCUCAAUGGAGUUGUUUACAGCACACCAAUGAGCGCUGGAGACUGCUACGAGCUCGGCAAAGCUCUGUACAAUGAAAAGGAUUAUGACAAUGCGUUGGAUUGGAUGAUGGAGGCGUUGUACAAGUUUGUUGACGAAGACCAACCCUACCCGUUCAGCGAGGCCGAUAUAUUGGAAUACAUAAGCUUCUCCCAUUAUCUUUUAGGCGAUCUUAAAAGCGCGAUAGAAUGGACUAAAAAUCUUUUGCUGAUUGAACCAAAACACAGCAGAGCUGCCGGCAAUCUGCCUCAUUACCAGAAAGCGUUACAGGACAAAGAGUUGCAGGCGAAGAAAAGGCGCAAAGGGGACACUGGCGAACCGGAUAUCGAAUACGAGGCGCAGGUUAAAGAGUCAAGGUCAACGUCCUACAACGCGGAGAGACAAUCAUAUGAAGCGUUAUGCCGCGGGGAGAAGGAAUUACCACCGGAAAUAACUAAAACACUCACAUGCCGUUACAUGACAGAAAACCACCCGUUCCUGAGACUAGCGCCGGUCAGAAUGGAGUACUUGUACAGGAAUCCAGACAUUAUUGUAUUUAACGACGUCCUCAGCGACUAUGAAAUUGAUUAUAUAAAAAGAAUCGCUCAACCGAGGUUCCGUCGCGCGACCGUCCACGACCCAGCGACCGGCGAGUUGGUCCCCGCUCACUAUAGGAUCAGCAAGUCAGCGUGGCUCAAGGACGAGGAGUCAGCGGUGGUCGCGCGUGUGUCACGGCGUGUCGCCGAUAUAACCGGCCUUAGUAUGACCACCGCUGAGGAGUUACAGGUCGUUAACUACGGCAUCGGAGGCCAUUAUGAUCCACACUUUGACUUCGCAAGGAAAGAAGAAAACGCAUUUGAGAAGUUCAAUGGCAACCGCAUAGCUACAGUCCUGUUUUACAUGUCAGACGUGGCUCAAGGCGGGGCGACAGUGUUCACUGAGCUCGGCCUGAGCGUGUUCCCGCGGCGAGGCUCGGCUGUGUUCUGGCUGAAUCUGCAUCCGUCCGGUGAAGGAGACCUCGCCACCCGACACGCCGCCUGCCCCGUACUGAGGGGCUCCAAGUGGGUUUGUAACAAGUGGAUACAUCAAGGCGGCCAAGAAUUAAUAAGACCUUGCAAUCUGGAAUACCAAAAAGAAAGCAUCAUACGACCGAUACCGCAACCAAUCGAAAAGUUCUUCAGAUAAAUAACCAACAGAGCUAACAUUAAUCUAACAGAGUAUAAAAAAUAAUAAUUGUGCUUAAAACGAGCUUCAAAACAUGUAAAUACUUUAAGUUCAAAUCAAUUAUUAACUUACUAUGAAGUGGUGUUAUUAUUAUGCCUAAUCUUCAUAAUGUUAUUGUAACAAUAAUGUUUACAGCACCAAUAAUGCCAUGUUAAAUGUUGCCAUUAUAAAAUGACAGUCAAUUAUUUAUUAAAAUAUAUCAAAAGAGGCUGUCAUAGUAACAAAUUAUUUAUCUAUAAUUGUUUUUUUUAGUUUUAAGUGAAGUUUAUUUUUAUACUUUUAUGUACUUCACUAUUUU